AUGAAGUAUUCAAAAGCAGGAAUUCUAAAGAAAAAAGUCAGCGCGGGUAGUGACGUUUUGGAAGAAGAAGCCAAACUCAUGGAAGCCAAGCUUGCCCAGUUAAGAGAUUUUAUGAAAAACGAAAAAACAAAGCGAGAGCAGGCUCCCAAACAAAAAGAAGGCACAAGAUGGAGAUCUGGCACGCAAAAUAAACCUAAUACAAAUUACGCAGAUUUAGUGCUUAGCUAUAAGCCUAAGCCUCCAAGCAGUCAAAGCGCUAAGAGGCCAGAAAAAACUGACAAAUUCAUCCCUACAAGCGCGUUAAUUGAGGAUUCUUCUCCUAAGAUAGAAGAAACAUCUAAAGCAAACCCUAUUAUGGAUUUCUUGAUAUCAUGUGGAAUGGAAAAAUAUUAUAAUUUAUUAAUAGAAAACGGGAUUGAUGAGCUUGAAAUAUUGCUUGAGCUGACAGAAGACCAUCUAAAUAAUUUAAACAUCCCUUUAGGCCACAGAUUAAAACUGCUGAAAAAAAUCAGAGAAAAUAAAAACCAGUCAAGCCAGUCAGAAAGAACAUUAGAAGCCCUUCCAUACCCUCAGCAAGUGGAACUACCACACCCAAGCACUUCAGAAGGGACAAGAGAUGCAGCUAUUGGAGAUUCAUUAUUAGAAACUAAUGGAGAUUUUAAUGAAUUAGAGUCAGCGGCAAUGUUCAGGGAAGCGCUUGACAAUUUCAGAAAAGGAGGAAGAAUGACUAACCCUUCCCCCUAUUUUUUUUUAAAAAAAAAUAAUUGUCUAGUAAAUUUUUUUUUCCAAAUAAUUUUAAAGCAAAUAUAAAUUUAAAUUGUAAUGUGUUUUAAAUGCAAGCUGCUUAUGUUAGACAGAAUUAGCUAGAGAUUUCAUUAUAAUAAUUAUCAUAUAUAUAAAAAAUAUUUUUUCAUAAUAAUUUGUAUAUUAAAAAAUUUUUGUUUAUAACGGAGGUGGGUUUUUAUCAAAAAUAAGAUUUUUCCAAUCAUUUUUUAGUUCACUGAUGGGGGAGUCAGCAUGAUCCUAAUCAAAGAGACGAAUCCCAAGAGCUUAAAAAGGUAAGGUUCGUUGAUCCUGUAACUCCUGACAUGCUACCGAAAGAAGGCUCAAAGUUAUUUUACGACGGCGCAUGGCAACCUGAACAAUCAGCAAUUCCUGAAAAGGCUGACGAAGGAAUAGGUUCCAAUAAGCCAAUUAUAAUAGAAAAAAAGUCAUGCUGAAGCUGCUAUAAAAUUUUUUCUAAAGUAGAUGGGGUUUUAAAUGAUGGGAAAGAAUUUUGUAGUAAAGAAUGCUCAAGUAAGCAUGUGGUUUCAUAUAAAUUAAACUGGUGCGGUUAAUCAAUCUCCUUUUAACAUCAAUGGCCAGUAGGCUCCUUGGGAAAACCGGAAGGGAUAGCAUUUGGAAAUGCGCAUGCGGCAAGGUUUUACUUGGUUUGUGGAGCACAAUUUCCCGGUUUAGUCGAUAGCAUGCUCACAUCCAGGUCAAGGUUUUACCUCGUGGGAAGAUGGCUCCAGAGAGUUGAAAGGGGCACCCAGCAAGGCCAGAGGUUGCCACUUGGCCAAUCGGCAAAUCGCUAGCAUGAUACCAGGCGUUGCAUCCUGAGCUUUGGGUUCCAUUUUGGUCUAAAACUUUACCAGCAAAUUCAAAUUUUCAAAUUUUAGGAAAGAGCAAACUCGUUGACGUUGACGUACGCCAUGGCGGCCCAGCGUUUCUGGCUCUCCUGCAGUGAAAGCACCAUUUUCUGUGAGGAGCAGCACAGUUGAAAGCCGUGUUCGGACUGGCAAAGCAAGUGGUGGAGCGUUAUAUGAAGGCGAGCAGUGGCCUGCGGACUUGUAUGGGGCUUCUCUAUAAUAUAAUUUAAGUAAUUAUGCAUGUGGUGUCAAAAGUAACAACUUGCAAAUGCGGGCGAACAUUUUUAAAAACAAAUGGCAUUUUUAAUAAAGGAUUUUGGUUUUGCAAAGAGAAAUGCGUAGAAGAAGAUGAAGAAAAGCGAGAAAAAGAGCAAGCAAUGAUAAAAGCUACCAACGAAAAACGCCACAAUCAAGGAGGAAGUGUCACAAAUAGCACGGAGUCUGAAGAUUUCGUUGUAAUUGAUCCAAUAACAGGAGAUCCUAUCAGCGAACAUGCAGAAUCCUCCCAGGCGUAA